UGAGCACGUUUCUCUCUCACGACUCGUCUUUAGCGCGUAAGUGUGAAUGAAAUGUUAAUGAAGUGUUAAUGGCCGGGAGCAAUGAACCUUGUUCUCCACGGCGGUUGAAGCAGGAUAAUUUCCCUCAGAACCUCCUUCCCUAAGAGGCAGAAACGACACAAUAACGUUUAGCGUAGCUGGGAAUAGCUGACUCCCGAGAUAAUUAGUGUUUAAUUAUUAGUCGUGUAGUUGUAUAGUUAUUAGAUUUUGUUGUUUAGUUAGUGUAAAACAAAUCUUUUUAAAAUUGCAGAGCGUACAGUAUGGCUUAAUCGUUUCGGGAAUAUUCAUUUUUGAAAAGAAAAAAAAGAAGAAAAGGAAAAAAAGGAGAAAAAAAGAAAAGAAAUCCCCUGUUUUUCAGACCCGAUCGGUCGGACAAACAGACAUAUUGAUAAAGACAGACAGACGGAACGAUGAUUUGAAAAUAAAUAUACUUUUCCGAUAUCAGGGGACCCCAAAAUGUGUUUUGCCGUCAAAAACUGGAAAUCGAUUUCCCGCAGCAUUAACUUUUCUACAACUUUUGUUAUACGUACUAUGUAAUUAUGCCGUAUUUACGUACGUACACGAGAAAAAAAUAUUUUAAAUAGAGACCGAGGGCAGGGUGUGUAUGAAAAUAAUACCAUGACGCUCAAAGUGUUAAAAUACUAACUACUAACUAAAAAAACGAGUAGGAUGUGUCACAUAUUCACCGUAUGCCUUCCGCCGGUCUUGUAUCGAUGAGAAAGAACUGCGUAGCUAUGAGAUGCAAGGCCACGGUUGUGGGAGCGGUCAUCGUCCAUAGGAGCUUCCUAUUGGCCGCUGGUCUUUUAAUGCGGCAAUCGUAAAUUAACAUCAGUCGACUCGUCAGGCCUCGGCAGUGCUCGUGCCAGUCAGGGCCGAGAACGCGAGAGAUCCCGCCGAUUCUCACGUCUUUCUUUCACAUUCCAGUCACCACGAGUCGUAGCUGCUAGUGUCCUAAGAAAGAAUCAACCAUGAUUCUCUUGAUCUUCACAGUUCUUAUUUUAUGUAUUAUAUACUCCUGGAUCAAGAUGAAACCACCUAACUUUCCACCAGGACUGCCGUACAUUCCCGUCUUUGGAUCUAUUCUUUUCAUGCCGAAGACAAAUGGACAUUUCCAAAUGGAGCAAUGGCGUGAACAGUAUGGGGGUCUUGUUGGUAUAGUAUUUGGGCACUUAGGAUUGAGUGUUGCUGUUUGCGACCCUAAAUUGGUGAGGGAGGUGUUAAAACGUGAUGACUUUCUAGGAAGACCUAUUAGUUCAUUUUUAACAGAAAGAUCCUUCAAUAAACGUAUCGGUAUCAUAUUCUCUGAUGGGCCCGGAUGGCAAGAGCAACGUCGAUUUGCAUUUCGACAUUUGAAAGACUUGGGCUUUGGAAAAGCUAGUAUGGAGAACGUUAUACUUGAAGAAAUUGAAGAUCUUCUUCAAGAAAUAAAAGACAAGAAAGUACAGGAGGUUGUAAAGGAACAUGAAAAAACUAUAGAUGAAAAUCAUCCAAGAGAUUUCAUUGAUGUUUAUAUUACUGAAAUGAGAUCACAAUUAGGAUCAGAGUCUUCAUUCCAUAGAGAAAACCUGAUUACAGUUUGUUCAGACUUAUUUUCUGCUGGAUCAGAGUCAGUUGGUAACACACUGGGGUUUGCUAUGUUAUACAUGGUUCUGUAUCCUGAGAUUCAAGAAAAAGUGCAUUCCAUCAUUGAUUCUGUGAUUGGUAAUCAUAGAAGACCGACCUUGCAAGACCGGCAGAUGUUGCCGUAUGUAGACGCCGUUCUAAUGGAAAUUCAACGAAGCAAUACCAUUGCUCCUUUGACAGACACAGUUGCACUUCCAAGCCUUUGGUGUAUUCUUCACGACAAGGAACACUGGGGUGAUCCACAAAUUUUUCGUCCUUCACGUUUUAUUGAUGAUGAUGGCAAGCUGAUCAAAGACGAGAUUUUCAUCCCUUUUGGAAUAGGCAAACGCCUCUGCCCUGGGGAGGCUCUUGCACGCAACACAAUGUUCCUCUUCUUUACUUCUUUAAUGCAGGAGUUUUAUGUCCAACUGCCCCCAGGCAGUACUAAACCUUCCACUGAAAGUCUGUCUGGCUUUACCACUGCCCCAAAGCCAUUUGAAGUAAUUUUCAAAUCACGGCACAAACUAUGACUGCAAUAAAUAAUUUUAGGAGCAUGAGUACAUGUGAAAUGAAUAAUUUUACGUUGUCAAGCAACAUAAUGUAACAUCCUGUCUAUGGAGUGUUUUAAAUAAACAUUUAAAAAGUAAUUACAUUUUAUACACCAACAUAAACUAAUCAUCAAAGUUACCACACUGGCCUAUCAGAAGAGAAGAAUUAAAAAUAGUAAUUAGUUUCUAUGCGUUGAGAAUUUUUUGUGAAAAUGUGUGAAACAAGAAUUUAAAAAAAAUCAUCUCAACUGUCACAAGACAUUAAGCUCCUGUUGAUUAUCGGAAGACCAUUACAUUGCUAAAAAAUAACUUAGAACUUGGUAUCUUUGAUCUGCACCAGUCGAUUAUAAUUCACAGACCGAUUUAAUUUGCAUAAUGAGGUUACAAAUAAUCAGAUGGUUUACAAAAAGUGAGAGAGAUUGAUUAACAGGAACGAAUCCCGCUAGCGUGUUUAGAUCAGACGGAAGAUCGGGAGAACGAGAUCCCAUCAACUUUUAAAAUAGCCGCACCCUAGAAAGGCGGCUCCUGUCCCCAACUCGUUUGUGGGUCACAAAAUAAUGACAAAAAGGGAGUAUAGAUGAUGAUACUGGCAUAAAACGAAUUUACACAUUUCAAAAACACACUGUAGUGAAAUCUGUAUUAAUCUAUCACUGUUGGUUUCAUGAACACAAGUGAUCUUUCGGAGAGAUGGUCGAUAAAUAGGGGGAUCUUUUUUAAUGGUCUUUUUAGACCAUUAAAAAUACCCCAUUAAUAGGCCGUUAAUAAAUAUAGAAUGUUUAUAAAAGGUUUUCUUCUAUAUGAGCAGAAAUUAGGAAAAAUUAAUCAUUUUUUCUGAGUUAUUUAUUUCCUUCCCCUCUUUAGAAUUAUUUACUAUCUUAAUGCAAUUAAAAACCAUCUCCUUCUAUGGAUUAAAAAUAAACGCGCAAAUAAUUUGCAGUGUUAGUGCGAGUUGUUGUCUACAGAUAACGAACCUCGUUUUUCUUAUGUAGUCUCUCAAUAUGAUUAUAUUGAGACUUUAUAAUUUAUUUAGUAUUCAUGAUACAUUCUAAGUCUUCAAGCUCAAAACCUCGCCUUUCUCGCUCUUCUUUACACAAUUAAAAAAACAUCAAGUGAUGAGUCUUGGGUGAGCAAAGAUUUCCGAUUCCGUGCGCAAUUCAAACACUUACGUGUUACUAAACAAAUCGAAAACCCUGACUUUGAUAUUAAUAAUUUACCGCACCGGAUGUUCUAGGAAGGAGAGUUAAAAAAGGCUCUGUUACUUCAAAGAAUAAAACGUUAGGUCUCUUUCAUGUCCGCCGUCUAGAAUCUAGUGGAGCUACAACAAUACAUACUUUCUCGCAUUGUGCUGAAUUUGCUCUUCAAAACGGGAGGAUGGCCUCCCCGCAAGAGUGCCGAAAAGAUAAGAGGGCAAAAUACAAUAAAGUGUACAUUGUCGUGAAUAAGUUGUGAAAUUGUAAUUUCUCAAAGGCUGAUAGUUUUGUAUUUUUAUAUAAAAUACAUUUUUGUAUAUUAGUAAAAGUAAAAUAUAUAUUCAUUUUUUCAUAUUAAAUAAAUAAUAUAAAAUUAGUGAAAUUAAUUCAAUAAUAUUAAGUAUACAAGUUAAUUUAUUUAUGCGCGACCUCGUCAACACCUCGUUAAUUUCCUAAGUUCAAUGUUAAGUAGCUCACAAUAUUUACUUAGCUAACUAUUAUUAUGUCUCAGCAGAACAUUCCUAAUGAAGACUAAGUCCAUUUACUAUAAAUGAACUAUCUAUCCUUGCAUGCGCUGGCAUCGACAAACAGAUGCAUUUUACUUUCCCGUAUACACACGCAAAUAUGUAGUAAUAUACGAAGAGUAGGAAAAGUUAUGUAAUGCUGCGGAAAAUCGAUUUCGAGAUUUCGACUGAAUAACACGUUUUGGAGUCCCCU